GCUGCACUGGAAAAGGAUGAGGCUCUAGAACACCUACAAUACAUCGAUGAUAUCAUUGUGUGGGGGAGCACAGCGGCAGAAGUGUUUGAAAGAGGUGAGAGGAUCAUCCAGAUACUGCUAGAAGCUGGCUUCGCCAUCAAGAAGAGCGAAGUCAAGGGACCUGCCUGAGAGAUCCAGUUCCUGGGAGUGAAAUAGCAAGAUGGACGGCGCCAGAUUCCCACUGAAGUUAUCAACAAGAUCACGGCGAUGUCUCCACCAACCAGCAAAAAGGAAACACAAGCUUUCCUAGGUGCCAUAGGUUUUUGGAGAAUGCACAUUCCCGAGUAUAGCCAGAUUGUGAGCCCUCUGUACCUGGCUACCCGCAAGAAGAACGAUUUCCACUGGGGCCCUGAGCAGCAACAAGCCUUCACCCAGAUCAAGCAGGAGAUUGCUCAUGCAGUAGCCCUUGGCCCAGUCAGGACGGGACCAGAAGUCAAGAAUGUGCUUUACUCUGCAGCCGGGAACAAUGGUUUGUCCUGGAGCCUUUGGCAGAAGGUGUCUGGUGAGACUCGAGGCUGACCACUGGGAUUCUGGAGCUGAAGUUACAGAGGGUCCGAAGCCAACUACACCCCCACAGAGAAGAAAAUCUUGGCUGCCUACAAAGGAGUUCAAGCUGCCUCGGAGGUGAUUGGCACGGAAGCACAACUUGACACCCUGACUCCCGGUGCUGGGCUGGAUAUUCAAAGGAAAGGCUCCUACUACCCACCAUGCCACUGACGCCACAUGGAGCAAAUGGAUUGCCCUCAUCACCCAGCGCGCCCGUACUGGAAACCUGAAUCGCCCUGGGAUUUUAGAGAUAAUUACAAACUGGCCGGAAGGUGAAAACUUUGGUCUCACUGACGAUGAGGAGCAGGAACAAGCAACAAGGGCUGAAGAAGCUCCACCAUAUAACCAACUACCAGCAGAGGAAACAUGCUAUGCUCUUUUCACUGAUGGUUCCCGUCGCAUCGUAGGGAUGAACUGGAAGUGGAAAGCAGCCGUAUGGAGCCCCACAUGACAAGUUGCACAAACUACCGAAGGAGAAAGUGGAUUGAGCCAACUCGCUGAACUCAAAGCUGUUCAGCUGGCCCUGGACAUUGCUGAAAGGGAGAAGUGGCCAAAGCUCUACCUUUAUACCGAUUCGUGGAUGGUAGCCAAUGCUCUGUGGGGCUGGCUGGGAAGGUGGAGAAAGGCCAACUGGCAACGUAGAGGAAAACCAAUCUGGGCUGCUGAUAUAUGGAAAGACAUUGCCUCUCGGGUGGAGAAGCUAACAGUGAAAGUCCGUCAUGUAGAUGCCCAUGUCCCCAGAAGUCGGGCUAAUGAGGAGCACCGAAACAACGAGCAGCAAAAGACCAAGGAUAUGUCUACAGUGACUGGUGCAGCUGCUGGAACAGGCACACCUGGUGCAAGUGUGGUUGCUGCUGCUGACAAAUCAAGUACUGAGCCUGUUAUGGAUGAGUCAGCACUUGAUAGCCUAAUAGAUACCCUUGGUGGACCUGAGGAAUAUGUGCCUACCACUCCUGUUUACACUGGCCCGGAAAUUACGGAAGAUAUAUAUUCAAGAUACUUGGAAGAAAUGGGCAAACGGGAAGGUAGUCUCCCUCCAGAGUAUGUUAAACUGUUGAAGAGCAAAGGAUAUGGCAAAGAUGUGGUCCCACUGAAACCAAAUGAGCAAGAUGAAAAGCCAAUGACAGAUGAUGAGCUUGCAGAGGCCCUGUCAUCUGACUUCACCUGCAGUGCUGCUUCUGCUCAGGAGAAGAAGACAAGUCUGACAGAGAAACCAAAUCAAGAAGGAGAAAUAGUGCAAGCACAAGCAGCAAGUUCAGUUAAGACUUCAGCUCCUCCUAAGGAGAAGAAAACAAAAUCAAAAGAGGAAAUUAAAGAUGAUGCAAUGGAUGCUCUUCUUGAUACUCUUAGAGGAUCUGAACCUGAACCUGAAGAAGAUCCUACCCCUAUUGUAGAGGUGUCAGAGGCAAAAGCCAAAGAGAAAAAAGAGCAAAAGGCUGGAGAACGUGAUGAUACAAUACCUCCAGAGUACAGGUUAACACCAGAGUUGGAUAAAGACGGAAAACCAAUAUUGCCGAAGCCGGAAGAAAAACCAAAGCCUUUGAGUGAAUCUGAUCUUGUUGAUGAAUUUUCAAAGGAUUUUGCCUGCCCUGCACAGCCUGCAGUACAACCCAAAGCACCAAAGCCCAGCAACAUAUCCAAAAAGCCAUCAGGUUCUGUGUCUGCAAAAGCCACCGAGGAUAAAGUGGUCCCUCAUGCCACAGCUUGCACUGUGCAGUCUGCAGCUCCUGUGCCUUCAGUUGGUCCUUUGUCAGAUGAAGCACUGGAAGCCUUGUCCAGUAGCCUAGGGAAGAGGGAGCCUGAUCCAGAUGAGAAAAAGCCUGCUGUGGACAAAGUUAAGGAGAAAACCAAAAAGGAACAACACAAAAAACUGGGUGAAGAAGAAGAAACAAUUCCUCCAGAGUACAGAUUAACAGAAGCCAAAGAUAAAGAUGGAAAACCACUCCUAUCAAAACCAGAAGAGAAGUCACAGCCUAUGAGUGAAAAUGAUCUUUUAGAGGGUUUGACAGAAGGAUUUUCCUCUUCUCCAUCGCUACCUGCACCAUUACCUACAUCAACUGUACUAAAGAAACCCAAGGAUAGUGCCAAGCCUGUGAGUUCCUCGGAUGUGAUCUCUGCUGCUACGGUUUCCUCAGUGCACUCAGCAGCGCCUGCCACUGGAGGAAAAGAGAUGGAUGAAGCCUUGGAUCUCCUGUCUGAUUCCCUGGGACAGAGGGAACCUGACCCUGAUGAGAACAAACCAGUUGUGGAUAAAGUGAAGGAAAAGGCUAAAUCUGAACACAGAGACAAGCUUGGAGAGAGAGAUGAAACAAUCCCACCUGACUAUCGAAAACUGCUGGAGUCAGGUGAGCAGAGUAAACCAGCAAAGCCAACAGCAAAGGAUGACAUGAAACACAAAGGAAAGAAGAAACCUACGGAUGACAGUGCAGCUAUUGAUGCCUUAUCAGGUGACUUUGAUACUUGUGCAAAGGCUCCUGCUACUCCCCAGCACUCAAAGUGUAGGACAAAAGUGGAAAGGAAUCGACGACCACUAAACCAAGCUCAAAGGAUAAAGGAAAGCCCAGAGACCCUAAAACGGCAAAGGGACAGUCCUCCAGCAGCAAAUCUGAGAAGCAGAAAACAAGCUAAACGUUAACCUUACCAGGAUCCUGCUGCAUCAUGUAAGAUGUCUUCUUUCUGUAGGUGGAUGAUUAUUCUUGAAGAACAAAAGCUGAUGCCAAAAGCACAUAGUUAUUCUGGGUGGUUUUUGUACAGUGAUACUUGCUGGACUUUUUCUCAUCUUUUCUUUUUUCCCAGUAGUAAUCUCAGGUUUGUUUCUUUCUCCCAGCAAUUUACUUUAUUAAGACUCACAUAGUCUGACAUUUUUGUAAUUUCCUUCAGCAUUCUGGGGGAAAGAAUGCUUUCUAUUUGCAGGAAAUAUAUUGCAUCAAUGAAGAGCUAUACCAAAAAAAAAAAAAAAAGAGAAAAAUAUAUCUGCAGACUUUUGCACAUAAUCUUCACAUAGUGCCUGUAAAUCUCUGAAGAGUUCAUAUAUGCUAGCAUUUUUUAACAUUGCAGUGGAUGCAUUAAGUAUUCUGGAAUAUAGUGAGCUUUAGUUACCCUCAGCUGGGCUGUGCAGCCUUCUGCUCAUGCCAGUUCCUGGUGGGAAGCUGCAGGCCAGCUGUGGGGCAGCUAAAGUGUGAGAAAAUGGGGAUUAGCCUCUUCUUCCAGCACGUCUGGACAUCAAGCAGGUAUUUGGGAUGCUGCCUUUAGCAGUAGUUAAAACACACUAGGGCAGGAUUUUUUUUUUUAUUAUUAUUAAUAUUACCAUUAUUUCCAAUUGUAUCUGUACUGUUAUCUCAUAAUUUGAGGAGUCUCCUGGACUGGACAAAUUACAAAUGUAACAGCUACCAACACAAAGGGUAGAUAAGGAAAGGAUGGGGACGAGCUCAGCAGUGAUCAAAGCUCAGGUCCAGGGGCGGGCUCCUUUUUAUCUUAUUUUGCACUGUUUCUAGCCCUCCUGUUCCUGGCACCCCAGCAGGGAGCGCAGGGAUGGGGCUGAAGGUGUUGCUGCAGGGAGGAAAACCCCAUUUUUCCUGUUCCCUGCAAGGACAGGCACGGCCAGGAGCCUCUCACAGGUCGGCUGCCACAGCCCUGGGCUGCCACCACCUCCGUGGGCUUUCCUCUGCCUCCCUGCCCUGCAGAAUGUCCUUCUGCAUAUCCUGACACUUGUGCAGCUCUGGCGAAGGGAGGCUGCUGGCAGCAGAGCCCAGGGUCUGCAGGCAGGGAUGGUGCAGGGAUUGAAGAUGGGGAUAUUCAGACUUGUGACUGUACUUGCAGCCUGCCACCGUGCCACUCCAAUAAAGAUUUUAAGGAUGCA